AUGAAAUCUUUUGCUGGAGGAUAUUCUACUGACUUCAAAUCACUCUGUGCCCUCUCCCUCCUAGAUCUGAUAUUUGUGCAUCUUGUAUCUACCUUUGUGGGGGAGGAGGGAGGGCGAAGGAAAGGAAAUGAAAGCCCAAAAAAAAUUGUUCUCGCAACAGUAUUGAAUAUGAAUGUGAUCUCUGAUAAAUGCAAUUUGACUCCUGAAAUUGGUUUGGAAUUUAACACACUCGACGAGGCUUGGAAUUAUUGGAUUGAUUAUGACAAACAUAUGGGAUUCUCUGUUAGAAAAGCGUUUGUGAAUAAAAGUGAAAAAGAUGUACGGGUUACUAUGAGGGGUUUUGUGUGCUCAGAAGAGGGUGUGCGGAGAGUAGACCAACGUCAACUCAAUCCUGAUAGUCAUAGAGAUGAGACAAGAACCAAUUGUCCUGUGAAAUUGUCUCUUUCAUUGGUGCAGGAUAGUGGAAAGUAUAGGGUUUAUGAAUUUGUGGCUGAGCAUAACCAUCUCCUACAUCUAGCAAACAUCACAUAUAUGAUGAGGUCACAAAGAAACAUCUCUGAGGUGCAAGGUUUUGAGAUAGAUUUGGCAUGUAGUGCUGGCAUUAAGCUUAAGAAGGCACAUGAGUUGAUGAGUAGACAAGCUGGUGGGAGAAGCAACCUUGGCUUCACCAAAGAUGAUCAAAAAUACUACCUCAGAACAAAAAGGGAAAAGGAUAUGGAGUAUGGUGAAGCUGGCUCUAUUCUCAGGUAUUUUCAGGAAGAGACUAUUAAAAACCCUUCUUUUAACUAUGCUGUUCAGUUAGAUAAUGAGGAACAAAUUACGAAUAUAUUUUGGGCAGAUUCUAGAAUGCUUAUUGAUUACAUUUACUUCGGUGAUGUGAUUAUUUUUGAUACAACCUAUGGUACUAACAAAGCUUUGAGACCUCUAGUUGUUUUUACUGGUUUCAAUCACCAUAGAGGUAUUAUAGUUUUUGGGGCUGCACUUCUAUAUGAUGAAACAAUAGCAUCAUUUAAGCGGCUUUUUAAGACAUUUUUAGAUGCACACAAGGAAAAAAUGCCUCAAACAAUUUUUACAGAUCAAGAUGCUACAAUGGCUAAGGCAAUAAAUGAAGUGAUGCCUCGCUCUGUCGGAGAAGAUGAUGGUCAAGAUGGAGAGCCUUUAAUAUCGUCUCUCUUGGGAAGGAUAAUGGUUGAACGGCAUCUCGUCUUUAUCGUCAUAAGAGAUGGAGAAUCCUUGAGUGGAAAGUAUGGAGGACGAGAGAAGCAGGGGUUCGGAUAUGUCGGAAGAGAGAAGUAG